GGAGAAGCCGCAGGUCGGACAUUUAGUGAGAUUACUUCAGGGGAGAGGCUGCUGCAACAAUUGGAUCGGACAAUAAUAAGCUAUAAAUGCAUAUAAAUCUCAGCCUGUGUGCACAGAAUGCAAUUCAGUAAUCCUCCAUCUAUGAAGAGCGAGUGAGACACUGAGGGAGAGAGGGGGAGAGAAAGAGGGAGAGAGAGAGAGAGAGUCUCCACCAUCGCAACACCCCCUCCUUCCGCCCCCUCCACUCACAGAAACGGAAUUAAAAAAUCUUUAAUAUCUUUCCAGCAACGAGCCUCCAUUGCUGCAGAGCGGAGCCUGUGGGCCUCUCUUUUUAAAAAGGAAGAUAAACUUACCUGCAGCCUCUUUACACUGACAUUACCCGGAAAAAAGGGGGGUAAAAAGAAAGGGAGAGAGAGAGAGAGGCUAAACCUGAGUGUCUUGAAUGUAAACCGCCGCUGACACUGACAUCGUGACAACACCAGCUCUGUCUGUCUGUGGAUCUGUGCGAGUCCUGAUUGUGUAAUAUCUUUUUUCCUCCCUCCCUCACCCUCUCUCUCUCUUUUCCUCUCUCUCUCUCUCUCUCUUCCUGCAAAGCGGCCAAAACCUGCAGCCGAGAGCGCAAAGGAGAGAAAGAGGCAGCAGAGGAAGAAGAAGAAGAAGAAGAGGAGGAGGAGGAGGGGAAAACACGGGAGGAUUGCAACAUUCAUCAGAAUUUAUUUUUCUUCCUAUUACAUGGCGCAAGGGCUAAACAAACGGGACCGUCCUGGGUGUGAUACUGCCACGGUGAAUUUGGAUAUUCAAGCAGCAGCAGCGGCAGCAGCAGCAGCAGCAUCCACCUCCUCCAUCCACGGAAGAAGCAGCAGCAGUAAAAGCAGAAGCAGCAUCCUCCUCCUCGGCUGCGGCGGCGCCCACCACCACCACCAACACCACCACUACACCGACUCCUCGUCCUCCUCCUGCCGGCUCUAUGUCGAGUGAUGGUCGGCUUGCCUUGCUGGAUGCUCCCCGCUCUCUCCGGAUCGUCGACGACCGAACCUCCUCUGACCGCAGACCCCCAUUUUCGGCGGAAACCUACCCAGAGCUAUAGGGCUACAUAUGGAAACUGGGGAUCAAAAUUUUAGGAAAAAGGAAAAUCUAAGCGGUUAAUUUCUUUUUUUCCUUCUUUUUUUUAAACAAUCGGUUUCUGUCUGUUUCUUCUUGCUUCUGUUUUUUUAAAAAAAAUCCCUGCUAAUUAAUUAAUCUAUUCGUUGAGCCUUGAUUUCCUCAUGCCAUUGGGUUGAUUUGUGGAGAAACCCAGCGUUACUAAUUUUCCUUUUACCCUCACAAUAGCUCGUUAGAAAACACCCGGAGAUUUGCUUUUAUUUCCUCUCGACAGGACUUGAAUCCGUCCAUUUGUUUACUCUCUAAUAUGAUAGAUUCCCCUGCUGUCCUUCGUCUCCCUCCCCAGUUUAUUGUUAUUAUUAUUACAACCUCUUUGCUUUUUUCCCUUUCGACUAACAAAACCCAUUAGAAUAACAAUAUUAACGAUAAUAGUCUUUAGGGUAGCUCUAUAAUUCUGAAUUCUUACUAGUAAUGUUAUAGCCUCUGACUAAAGUAACUGUAACUCAUUGUAACAGACAUAUUGAACUGUUGUACUGUAAGCCUGCCAUUACUCUAACACCGACACCCCCUCCUCCCUCCCUAUAACCAUCUCUUUGCUCCAUUUGAGCUCAUGUUAAUUCAGCUCUACCUGUAACCUUUACAAGUCAAGAAACAGGUUGUUUUUUUGUUGUUUCGCAGGCCUGUAGAGGAUCCAACCUCACUUUGGUUUAUCUCACUUCCGUUUGCAGGCUUGGCUCUGCCUCUGUAGGCAAACUAAUCCUUUAUAGCUCAGUGUUAUAAUUCAGAUUUGUAGUUUUUUUGUUGUCGCUGUGGUGUGGGCUGCAGCUGUAGGUGCUGCCAUCCUCUGCACACCUGAUUUUCAUCUUCUUUUUUGGGGUGUAAAAGUAAGAACAAGCAGAGAGGAGAAGCCUCACAGCCUUCUCCUCUCUCUCCCCUCCACUAAAAAACCACCAUCCUCAGUUUUUCUCUUGUUUUGGUCCUCACCCAAACGCAACCAUAAGGUUCCUACCGCAUCCUCCUCCUCCUUCUUCCCUCUCCUUCCGCUCGAGUAUAUCCCGUUUUUUCGGUUUGGUUUGGUCCCGCAAAUUUUCAAAUAUUUACUUCCUGUACAUCAAGAGGAAAGGGGGUCCCCCUUUCAUGGAAUGCGGAAACAUGGGUCUGUUCGACCGCGGAGUCCAGAUGCUGCUGACCACGGUGGGAGCCUUCGCGGCCUUCAGCCUCAUGACCAUCGCGGUCGGCACGGACUACUGGCUGUACUCCCGCGGCGUCUGCAAGACCAAGUCCAUGAGCGAGAACGAGACCAGCAAGAAAAACGAGGAGGUGAUGACCCACUCGGGCCUGUGGAGGACGUGCUGCUUGGAAGGAAACUUCAAAGGGAUGUGUAAACAGAUAGACCACUUUCCUGAGGAAACAGAUUAUGAAGCAGACCCAUCCGAGUACUUCUUACGUGCGGUGCGAGCCUCCAGCAUCUUCCCCAUCCUCAGCGUCAUACUGCUCUUCAUGGGAGGCCUGUGUAUAGCUGCCAGUGAGUUCUACAAGUCACGCCACAACAUCAUCCUCAGCGCAGGGAUCUUCUUUGUGUCCGCAGGCCUGAGCAACAUCAUCGGGAUCAUCGUGUACAUAUCAGCCAACGCGGGGGACCCUUCAAAAAGCGACUCAAAGAAGAACAGCUACUCAUACGGCUGGUCAUUCUACUUCGGCGCCCUCUCCUUCAUCAUGGCUGAGAUGGUGGGCGUCUUGGCCGUGCACAUGUUUAUCGACCGCCAUCGACAGCUCCGAAUAGGGGCGCGCGCAGCCGACUACCUCCAGGGCUCGGCCAUAACGCGGAUCCCCAGCUACCGCUACCGUUACAGACGCCGCUCGCGCUCCUCCUCCCGCUCCACGGACCCAUCACACUCCCGCGACGCCUCGCCGGUGGGGCUCAAGGGCUUCAGCGCGCUGCCAUCCACGGAGAUCUCCAUGUACACGCUGCCCCGGGACACCCUCAAGUCCUCCGGCACACCCACCGCCACCUACAACUCUGAGAGGGACCACAACUUCCUGCAAGUCCACAACUGCAUCCAGAAGGACCUGAAAGACUCGAGCCACACCAACACAGCGAACCGCCGCACCACGCCGGUAUGAGGGAGUCGACACAGGCCAGGCCGGCCCUCAUGGUGGAGAGCGGAGACCAGGAGACACGGGAACCCCUGUGGGUGCAGUACGCCCCUGGAGAAGAUGGAUUUCCAUGUUUAUAGACAUUUGUUCUUUUUGUUCAGCUGCAUGACUUUUCCAUUACCAUUGAGAGAGUUUCAACAAGUCUGCUGUGUUCCAGGAUUGAAUGGCAGAGGAGUGAGAAUGGGUCAGGUUGUACCAAGAGAGUGAGAGUCUGUCGAUUGUUUUUUUGGCGCAGGGUUUGUUUAUGACGUUCGGGGGUACUGAAAGGGAGGGCGGGAGGGAAGCGGGCAUUUAUGAGAUAAAGAAUUGAUUUCAUGAUUUCAUAGCCCUUUGGUUUGACAGUUUUGCCCCACGGUUUGGUUGGAGCAACAGGUCAAGCUCCCCCCUCAGCCAGCCCACCACUCAGACACACACCUCUUUUAUUUAUUGACUCAUUUGUUCAUUUUUUGCAUUAAAACUGUGAAUUGUUACAGCUUGGGAUUCAGUAAGAAUUAGCCCAAUCUGUAAUCUCUAACAAAGGUACUAUAUAUAUGUAUUACUUUUAUAAAUAAAUUAUUACGUUAAUAAUCAAGAGUUACAGACUUUACCGAAGCAAAAAAGAAAAAAAAAAAACAACUUAACUAAACCAAGUGCUGUUGGUAACAUGAGAAAAGACUCUUUUAGUAUCUGUUCAUUUGAAGGUUGAGAACAAGUGAAGGUCCUUUAGGUAGCACAGGGCGCACAGCGACUGAUGCCACCAAAGGCAGAUGCAGACAGUCAACAGUAGAAUAAUAUCUAUUCUUUUAACAGAACCUUCUCGUCUUUUUCUCAGUCCCUGUUCGCUUUCUUUUUUUUUGGGAGGGAGUCGUAACAGGAGAGUUGAACCCCUUUCAACAGAAAGCGCCAACAAAAGAAAAAAAAAGGGCAGGUGGGGUCAAAGUUCACAAAGACUCCAAACACGACUUCUGCAAAAUAAAAAGGAAGGAGCAGAGGGGGAAGGAAAAGAAGAGGACGCCAAAACACAAAAAAUAAAAACAAGUUAAAUAUGAAAUAGUACAAGAGAAGUUAAGUGACUCACAAUUUCAGAAAUUAAAUGCAUGCUAUAAAAUUACAGCAAAUCUGCUCUUGAGAAACUUAAGUUUUAAAGGUUAAUAAUUAUAAGGGGAAAAAAAGCAAAGACGCUAAAGUUUAAAGUAUUAAUGUUUUCAUGUGUAUUUUUCUUAUGUUUUCUUUUUUUAUUUAUUUAGUUCAUUUUAUCUUAUUGCUUUUGUGAGACAAACCAAACAAUCUACAUUGAACAAAACUGCUUUUUUAAAUGGUUUGGUUGAUUUCUUUAUAAAUAUAUAAAUAUAUGUAUGUAUGUAUUUUAUUUUUAAAACUCACACAGCCUUAGUCAUUUCUUUGUUUCUUUUGAUUUUUAAUGUGUUGUUCAAUUUGAAAAUGAAAUCUUUAAAGGUGCCAAAACCGAAUGAUCCUAUACUUGGAUGCAUCAAGUCCUGAUGAAUAAAAUACGAACCCUAGGGGGAACAAAUCA